AUGGUUGAGCCAAGCAGUGUCCCCAACAAUAUCACCUCCUGCCCUCUUCAGCUCCCACCUCGGACCGCCAGUGUGGCACUCUCUCUGUUCUACACAGCACUCUUGGUCUUCAGUGCCCUGGGAAACAUCCUUGUGCUUUGCCUGUCCUGCCAAAAAGACAAGAAGAUCAACUCCACAGGUGUGUACUUAAUCCACCUGGCUGUGUCCGACCUCCUGUUUACCUUGGCCUUGCCGGGAAAGAUCACCUAUUACGUGAUGGACUUCAACUGGCCGUUUGGGGACAGCUCAUGCAGGCUGAUGGCGUUCAUCACGUACCUGAACACCUACGGGGGUCUCUACCUGAUGACCUGUGUGAGUGUGGACCGGUACCUGGCGGUGGUCCGUGCCCGCCACAGCCUGCAGUUGCGCAGCGCUGGCCGAGCCAAGCUCGUCUGCGUGGGCGUCUGGUGCUUGGCCCUGCUGCAGAGGGCUUUCACACUGGCCCUUCAGGUCACCAUGUCCCUUAUGAACGUCAAUUGUGGUAUCGACCCCAUCAUUUAUUUCUUCGCAUCCACACGCUACAGGAAAUGGCUUCUGAGUAUUUUGAAACUCGGAGCAUCCUCCUCUGCCUCCUCCUCUUCCAGCUCGCCAGGCAAAGCUUCCUCAGAUGGACCAAGCAGCAACCAGGUGGAGGGCUCUGUGUCCUUUAUGCUCAGAGAAUGA